AUGGGGUCGCUGCCGGCGGGCUUGCCGCCGCUUCCGGCGCCGCCGGUGUCGCUGCGGUCGACGCUGGACGAGCGGGAGCCGCUGCUCGCGUUCAGUUGGGGCGCCCCCGCCACCGCGGGCGGCGGAGAGAACGCGUGGUGGGAGGAGAACGGCGGGGCCGCGAGGGCCGGGGGGUGGCUGCGGCGGGCGGCCGAGGCGGUUCGCGCGGCGGCCGCGGAGACGUCGGCGUUCGCGCGCAAGGACCCGCGGAAGCCGGUCUUCGCGGCGAAGGUGGCCACCGCGCUCGCGCUCAUCACGCUGCUCGUGUUCCUCCGCGAGCCCAGCGAUAUCGCCAGCCACUCCGUCUGGGCCAUACUCACCGUCGUCGUCGUCUUCGAGUUCAGCAUCGGUGCAACCUUGAGCAAAGGGUUAAACAGGGGACUGGGAACCCUUACUGCAGGUGGGCUUGCUCUAGCAGUCGCCGAGUUGGCGGCACAGAUGGGAAAAUAUGACAUGGUGGUCCUCAUCAUAAGCACUUUUCUUGUUGCAUUCUGCGCAACCUUGACAAAGCUGCACCCGAAGAUGAAACCAUAUGAGUAUGGACUUCGUGUAUUCCUGCUGACUUUCUGCUAUAUUACGGUCUCUGGAUACAGCACGGGGAAAUUCACUGCUACGGCUAUAAGUAGAUUUGUGUUGAUCGCUAUCGGUGCUGCUGUCAGUCUCGUCGUCAAUAUUGGUAUACACCCAAUCUGGGCAGGAGAGGAUUUGCACAAGUUGGUUGCAAAGAAUUUUUCUGGUGUUGCAAAAUCCUUAGAAGGAUGUGUUGAUGGAUAUCUGAGCUGCAUGGAAUACGAAAGGAUUCCUUCAAAGAUACUCACAUACCAAGCAUCUGAUGAUCCUCUAUAUAGUGGGUACAGGGCAGCUGUUGAGGCAUCAGCACAAGAGGAAACCCUGUUAGGAUUUGCUAUAUGGGAGCCACCACAUGGACCUUACAAGAUGAUGAAAUAUCCAUGGAGGAGCUACACCAAAGUUGGCGGUGCAUUGAGGCAUUGUUCGUUCGCAGUCAUGGCAUUGCAUGGCUGCAUACUUUCAGAGAUUCAGGCGCCACCGGAGAGCAGAAAGGUUUUCAGCGCUGAGCUUCAUAGAGUGGGCAAUGAAGGCGCUAAAGUGUUGCGCGAACUUGGGCAGAAAGUCAAGACGAUGACGAAACUGAGCUCUUCAAACAUUCUUUCAGAAGUCCACCUUGCAGCUGAAGAGCUGCAAAAGAAGAUUGAUGAGAAGUCUCAUCUUCUCGUGAAUACAGAAAGAUGGGAAGCCAUCCAGCGGCAUGAAGGAACUGCGCAAACCCAUGACGGUGCCAAUGCUGCUGACAAAGAAAACAAGGAUGAAUUGCCCGAGCAUACCGCUGUCAAUCUUGGCGCAGUGCACAAGUCGAACAGCUUCGCUUCGAACCCAUUCCUUGGCAGAUUCGAUUCGGGAUCGAUGGUGGACGGCUCGUUCAAGCCGCAAUCAUCUUGGCCUGCUCGACAAUCAUUCCGUCCGAGCCUGCCAUUUGAAGGCGGGGAAUCAACAUACGAGAGCGCAAGCGCCUUGUCGCUGGCCACAUUCGCUUCGCUCCUCAUUGAGUUUGUUGCCCGGCUCCAGAACCUUGUUCAUGCGUUUGAAGAGUUGAGUGAAAAGGCCAGCUUCAAGGACCCUGUGGAGGAACCUUCUGCAAUCAGCAGGGAGACUUGUGGUUUUCUAGUUAGAAUACGCAAUUAUUUUAUGCUGAAGAAGUGA